AGUGUUCUUCUAUAUAUACCACAGAGAUCUAGCGACCACACAGCUUCAUAACCUCACCCUCAAACUCUGCACAAUCACAACACACAAUUCUCAUACACCCUUUUCUAAUGGCAUUCACUUCUUCCUCUUCUUCUGUCUUUCACAGUUCCAUUCCCUCGCAUUCAAUCUCAUCAAACGACCUCAAAGCUCCAUGGAUUGGCUCAUUCCGACCGGUGAAUCAACCGGUGGUUCAGUCUCCGGCCGCCAAUUGCCACCAGCGACGAUGCCUAGUGAAACCGGUUUGUGCGGAAUCGAAGAGAAGUGAUUCAUUUGUGCCCUUAGCUUCAACCCUGGUUGCUCCUCCUGAGGUCGGUGAGAAAAUAGAAAAGGAAACGGAAGAUUAUGAGAAACUGGCUAAGGAGUUAGAAAAUGCUUCCCCACUCGAAAUUAUGGACAAAGCCCUAGAAAAAUUUGGGAAUGACAUUGCCAUUGCUUUCAGUGGAGCUGAGGAUGUGGCCCUGAUUGAAUAUGCACGACUUACUGGUAGGCCCUUUAGGGUGUUCAGCCUGGAUACUGGGAGGUUAAAUCCAGAGACAUACCAGUUCUUUGACAAAGUCGAAAAGCAUUAUGGCAUUCACAUCGAGUACAUGUUCCCUGAUGCCGUUGAGGUUCAAGCACUCGUAAGGAGUAAGGGACUCUUCUCUUUUUAUGAAGAUGGGCACCAAGAGUGCUGCAGAGUUAGGAAGGUCAGGCCCCUAAGGAGGGCCCUUAAAGGCCUCCGGGCAUGGAUCACUGGGCAAAGAAAAGAUCAGUCGCCAGGCACAAGGGCAGCCAUUCCUGUUGUGCAGGUGGAUCCCGUCUUUGAAGGCAUGGAGGGUGGAGUUGGCAGCUUGGUCAAGUGGAAUCCAGUGGCUAAUGUGGAAGGCCAAGAUAUAUGGAACUUCCUACGAGCCAUGAAUGUGCCAGUCAACUCCUUGCAUUCUCAAGGAUACAUCUCUAUCGGGUGUGAGCCAUGUACCAGACCAGUCCUUCCUGGGCAGCAUGAAAGGGAAGGAAGGUGGUGGUGGGAAGAUGCCACGGCUAAGGAAUGUGGCCUUCACAAAGGAAAUAUCAAACAAGAUGAAGCGGCACAACUCAAUGGCAAUGGAAAUGGUUCUGCUGACACAAAUGGGUCUGCCACUGUCACUGACAUCUUUAACAGCCAGAAUUUGAUUGCCUUGAGUAGAAAUGGUAUAGACAAUUUGGCUAGAUUAGAGGACCGAAGUGAACCUUGGCUCGUUGUGCUUUAUGCACCCUGGUGCCGCUUCUGCCAGGCAAUGGAGGGAUCGUAUGUUGAGUUGGCCGAGAAGCUAGCAGGUACAGGGGUAAAGGUGGGGAAGUUCAGGGCUGAUGGCGAUCAGAAGGAAUUUGCACAGAGAGAGCUGCAGCUGGGGAGCUUCCCCACAAUACUUUUCUUCCCAAAACACUCUUCCAGGCCCAUCAAGUACCCCUCCGAGAGAAGGGAUGUUGAUUCAUUAAUGGCUUUCGUUAAUGCUUUGCGGUGAUAAAUUCAUAUUUUGGUUGAAAGUAUCCUGAAUAUAUGUAUAUGCUUCUUCCGGCCCCUACUUUUGAUUGCGAAGGAUUGCACCAAGGAGGAACAUGGGGAGAGUUGUAUAUUUAAGCGUAUAUAGUUUUUGUAUUUCUGACGACACUUACCAUCGUUUCCACAUAAUUUCCAUAAGGAAAUUCUUUUUGGAUUCAGUGUUAGUUUAGAGAUGGUAAGAGAUCAAUCUCUCCUUAUUUUUUAUGAAUAAAUGGUGUGUUGCUGUCGUCUA